UCUCCAUAACGUAACAUUACCAUUUUAUAAAAAAAGAAAAAAAACAUAAAUAUAACUAUUUGACUACUUGUCCAAGUUCUUCUAUUAAACACUGCCGUUUUACAUUAAAAAUGGAAAAAUACAUUAAGAUUUAAACAUCUAUCUUAAAAUAUAAAAUAUAUAUAUUAACUAAAGAGAAAAUGACACAAAGAACACUAAACCAAGUUUUCCUCCCCAAACUAGCACUCAGGAUCAGAAGUCACAAAAAUAGGUUUCAUUAAAGGGGCAAUUUACCCUUAUGCCCUCUUCUUUAACUAAUUUAAAAAACAAAUUUGAAAUCAAUUGUGGCCGUCCUCGUUUCAUCGCUUCUUCUUCUCCUCAUCGCUGUCUUUCUUCGUCGUCGUCUCUCCGGUGUUGUCGUCGUCGUCUCUCCGUCGUCGUCUCUCCGUCGUUGUCGUCGUCGUCUCUCCGUCGUCGUCGUCUCUCCGUCGUCGUCUUCGCCUCUCCGUUGAUCCGUCGUCGUCGUCUCUCCGUUUAUUUAUCGUCGUCGUCGUCGUUUCUCAAUUGAUCUGUCGUUUCUACGUCUAUUCAUCUCAUUCUCUCUCUCGUGUGUCUGAUUUUGAUUAAGGUUUGAAUCAUUUCAUUUUGUUAUACAUUAUCUAGGUUUUGUUAUAUAUUAUUCAUUUGUUGAUGAAUUGAAGUUGAUUUUGUAGAACAAUGGAAGUUUUGUGCAUCUGUGGACAAUGGAUCUCAAAAGAAUCUCUCCAGUGGGAGUUUCUUGUUGAUUUGAAGAGGAAUGCAUCAAUCAUUUCCAUAGAAGAAGAUCUACUGUAUGAAGAUUUGAUGAAGAUUGUCUCUGAAGAUUUUAGUGUUAAAGAGGAAGAAAUCAGUUUGAGUUAUGGUUUUUCAUUGGAUAAGAAAUGUAUUAUUGAAAGUUUCCCCCCACUCUCGAUAGGUAAUACUCGUCAGCUCAGAACUUUCAUUUCCAAGACUAGAGCAUUUGAUGGAACCUGUCGUUUGUGUGUUAAGGUUAGUACUGAUCCAGCUAGCUGUAACACUCAAGCUUCUGAUACAUUUGCUUCUACUGUUCCAUUGAAUGCCAAUCCAGCGCUUCUUUCUACUGUGCAGAGUGAAAAACAGGUACAUUGUCCUUAAUUCCCUUUUUCUGUUUGUGUUUGCAUGAUAUGCUUCAUAAUCAAAUAUUAUGCCUUACAGAACUACUUGACUUUUGCAGAGUUUUCUAUAUGAAGGUGUUUCUACAGUUCCUCUGAAUGAUCUUCCGGAUUUUAGUACUGAUUCAGCUAGCUGUAACAUUCAAGCUUCUGAUACAUUUGCUUCUACUGUUCCAUUGAAUGCCAAUCCAGUGAUUCUUUCUACUGUGCAGAGUGAAAAACAGGUACAUUGUCCCUAAUCCCCUUUUUCUGUUUGUGUUUGCAUGAUAUGCUUCAUAAUCAAGUAUUAUGCCUUAGAGAACUACUUGACUUUUGCAGAGUCUUCUAUAUGAAGGUGUUUCUACAGUUCCUCUGAAUGCUCUUCCGGAUUUUAGCCCUGUCCAUAUUGGACUUUCACCAAACACGAGAGUAGCUGGCGAUAUUAAGGUGAAUAGCUAUUUUAAGACAAAGAGAGAGUUGAUGUUGAGGAUGAAGAAAUGGGCUUUAGAGUGGAAGUUUGAGUACAAGACUGUCUCUUCUAACAAGUCAAGAGUGCUUUUGAGUUGUGUUGAUGAAAAUUGCACGUGGAGGAUGCGUGCUAUCAAGCUACCUGUUUCAGAUUUUUUCGUUGUUAAAAAGUAUGUUCAUGAGCAUACAUGCGAUACAACACACAGGAAAGCCAACCACAGACAAGCAUCUGCAAAGUUGUUGGGUUCUUUGAUUUCCAGCAAUUAUGGAGAAAAAAA